AUGGUUGUCAAUGCAAGCAGUUGUUUUGGUGCACCCUUUGCAGGUAAAUCAACCAAUGCAAAUCUGUUCUUUUAUUAGGCAGUUAGUUCCUACCACCCCCACCCCCCACCUUACAGUUAUUUAGCAGUCUCUUUACUAUGCUGCCUGGGUUUGGGAUGUGGCCCCGGAAAGUAGGAAGAAUUUUUAAAAUCUCUUUUGGUUUGUCAUUAUAAUGCAAGGUUUUACAGGAACAGUUGAAAUAAAGUUAUUCUUUGAGAAAUUAAGUUUGGAAAAUUAACCUGCCUAUUUUUAUUGCAGGUGCAAUGUAUGACUUGCUCGGCAACUACAAUAUUGGCUUUGUAGUAACGGGAAUUUGCAAUAUUGCUGCAGCUAGCAUCCUUGCUUUCAUUCCAUGGCUGCAAAGAGAAACAACACAGUCAUCGAAAAACUAUCUUAAUGCUUCUGUAUGUGUGAUAACAAACACCAUAGUUCCUUGGCAAUCACCCACUCCUUCGUUAGGGGUAAAUACCAUUAUUCUACACUCUGUUCUAAGCAAGUAGAAUCUGGCUUUGCCACAGAAUUUUGUAACCAUCUGUACAGGGCAAAAGUGUAGGUGAUCCUGGCUGUGCAGUUUCCCUUAGUGUAGGUAUGAUUUUUUUUUUUAGCACUAAUUUAAAAUGCUACAGAAAUUAAUACUAUUCAACACCAACAAACAACACAAGCACACCAAACACUGCGUGACUAUGACUAUGACCCCACCAACCCAAUGUGACUCAAUUUGUUGGGAUUCAGUUUUGACCCAGAGAAUAUGCUCCUGAAAUUGUUUUGGUUAUCGAUUUCUUGUGGGAAGAGCUUUGAGUCAUCAUUAAGAUUCUGUGGAUUUUGUUAUUUAAUAGGCAAAUGUUUAGAUUUCAAUAUUAUUUGAUGAAGCUUUCUUAAUUUCUAAGAACAGUGAUGAUCCUUGGGGCAGGGUAUAUGAAGACAGAGACAGUUCUUAAGAUCAUAUAUUGUUUGCAUCAGAUUCUUCAUCCUAUCAAGUCCCUAUAGCAAUUUCUCAUUAGAAAAAAAGAAAAUUAAUACAUUUUUUAAAAAAGUCCCUAUAAUAAUUUUACUGUAUUUCUUUUUUUUCAGGCUCUAACUUCCUCCUACACAAAAACCAUUUAUGCUGGUGAUGAGACUCAAUCUUGUCAUUCAAAAGGAUUUAGUAUUAAAUCAUUCAGUGUGAAAUCAUUAAAAAGCAUAAUGAAGUCAGAUGCAACAGGGCCUUUGACAAAAGCAGAACCAAAAUCUUCUGCUGGGACAUUGGAGAUUGACUCACAAGAACAGGUUGAAAGAAAAACAGAUUUAAUGCCAAUGCAAGAGCUAAGCACACCAGAAACAUCAUUUAAAAGUGAAAGUGGAUUGAUAAGACAUCCAGAAUACAUUUCCUACAAAAAAGAAGAUGUGUUGGCUUUUCUAAACACAUAUGAGGCUGAUGAUGAAGAGAAAUUUGUAAGUGAAAUUGAUUUGAGGCCAAAAAAGGAACUAACCAUGUCAGAUGCAGAAACUUUUGAAUCUACAAAACAGUCGGAACGCAUUCCCCAUAAAAGAGAAGAUGUAGUGGCUUUUGUCAAUGAAUAUGAUGGUGAAGAAGAAGAAGAGAAACUUGAUACCACAAAAGAGUUGAAGCCGAAACUGGUAUGGGUGCUGCCCACAUCAGAUGAAGAAAUGUCAGGAGAGCGCAAUGUGGCUUUUGCAGAUGACCAUUAUGAUGACGAAGAUGUGCACUUUGGUAGUAUAACUAACUUGAGGCCAGUACAGGUGCUAACCAUUUCAGAUGCAGAAACUCCAGAAUCUACAAAACCAGCUGAGCGCAGAGUGGCUUUCGCAGAUGACCAACCUGAAGACAAAGGAGAGCAUCUUGAGGGCAGAGCUGAUACGAGGCCAGUGCAGGAGAUACCAGUAUCAGAUGCAGAAACUUUGGGAUCAUUCAAACAAGCAGAGCGCAGAGUGGCUUUUGCAGAUGACUAUGAUGAUGCUGAAGGUGCACAUACUGGGAGCUUAGCUGACUUGAGGCCAAGGCAAGUGGUAUCCAUAUUGGAUGCAGAAACCUUGGGAUCUUUCAGACCAACAGAGCUCAGAGUAUCUUUUGCAGAUGACCAACCUGAGGAUAAAGGAGAGCAUCCUGAGAGCAGAGCUGAUGGGAGGCCAGUGCAGCUGGUACAUUAUACAGUCAUACCUCGGGUUAAAUAUGCUUCGAAUUGA